AACACGCACCGGCCCGGCGGCGGUCCCUAGGGGGCGUUUUUACGUGUUUUUGUACUUUGUUUAACAUCAAAUAUUCAAUCAACAAUCAUAAACUUUGCAUUAUUUGAAAGUUUAAACACUCAAAAUUCAUGUUCUGAGCUUAUUUUUGCAAUCAAUACACUGGUGUGGAUAAGAUUAAAUAAAAUGCAGACGGAAUGCAUAUAAAAAAAUUUGUGGGUACUCACAUGUCUUGCCAUAUGGUUCUGAUCAUCUCUGACAAUUCCCAAAAACUUCAACGUACAUUGCAACGUAAGGGUCCACUCUUCAAAAAGCAUCCCACGUUUUAAUCCAAAACAACGAAAAAUAGUGAUAAAUCCAGCAAUACCCUCCUUUAUUUACAUCCGCGCUUCCGCUAAGUAUGAUCGAUCAUGUUUAUUUUCUAUCAAAUAUCGAGUUUUAUCAGUGAAAAUCCAUCUCUUCCUGCUUCGUUAGACUCUUCCGAUAAAUAUCCCGCCCUAUUUUUCUGUUUUGUUCAAUCAGAUAAGGUUUGACAACUCAAAAUGAAUCGGGAACACCGAUUUGCCCAGACAGAUGUCCUUCAGCUAACCAUAGGCUUUUGACUGGAUUACGCCAAAACAAAGCCAGCCAAUGCUUAGCCAGCAAAGUUUUGAUGGGCAGGGGUAGUAACCAAUCAUGAAACGAUUACAAGGAUUCAACUUACGUCAGUAAAGUGUACUUCUGCGCAAAUCUACAGAAGCGCACGGAGAGGAAUGCCCACGCCCCCUCCCUGCGCGUUUGUUUGUUUGGGUAGCAUAGCAGCCGGCUAGGCUCUCCGGAGCCGCUGAGAAACCUCUCAAAGGUUAGAUAUAACAUCUCCAUUGUGGAUUUUCGACUGCAGAGGACUUGUUUGUGUUGAGAGUGUUUUGGAGAAGUUGAUAAAGAGCAUGAUCGCGGAGCAAAGAUACAAGAUUGGAUAUAAACGAAACCGCGUCGUCGACGAGAGAUGGACCGGACUAUGAGCUCAGCUGCGCUCGCUUGGAUAAAGUCUUCAGCUGACAUCCAGAGGAGGACUGGAAUCUGGAGUGCAUUCAUGAGCGACCACAUUCAAAAUAAGUUUAAAAAAGAAACACCAAAAUGACGGGCCGAGCAAGAGCAAGAUCUCGAGGCAGAGGCCGUGGUCAGGAGGCUGCUGCGCCGGGCCCACAACCACCUGAAAAACAAGAGGCUGCAAAACCCCUUUUGCCUUCAUCUGAAGGAGAACUGGUGGGUAGAGGGAGACAGAGAACUGCACCUGGAGCUCUAUCUGCAGAAGCGAUGGUCCAGAUCUCUGCAGGUUUUCAGCAGGUAAAGAUCGGGGAAAGAGGUGGCCGCAGGCGGGAUUUACAUGAUUCAGGCGUUCACACUCGCCAGCUUAUGGAACAUGUGAAAGACUCCAAAUCAGGUGUUUCGGGCACUGCAAUCGAGUUGAGAGCUAAUUUCAUGCGUUUGCUAUCUCGGCCUCUGUGGGCUCUUUAUCAGUACCAUGUGGACUUUAAGCCAGCUAUGGAGUCCCGCCGCUUACGCUCGGCUUUGCUUUUCCAGCAUGAGGAGACUCUGGGCAAAGCACACACCUUUGAUGGAGCCAUUCUCUUUCUCCCUAACAAACUGCACAACACUGAGACAAUCCUGUGCAGUGAGACCAGGCAUGGAGAGAAGGUUGAGAUCACACUCACACUGACCAAUGAGCUUCCUCCAUCAUCUCCUGUAUGCCUGCAGUUUUACAAUAUCCUCUUCAGGAGAAUGCUGAGGAUGCUGAACAUGCAGCAGAUUGGUCGCCAUUACUACAAUCCUGAUGAUCCGUUCAACAUUCCCCAACACAGGCUGACCAUUUGGCCUGGUUUUGUGACCACCAUUCUUCAGUAUGAGUCCAGUAUCAUGCUGUGCACGGAUGUGAGCCACAAGGUCCUGCGCAGUGAGACGGUUCUUGACUUCAUGUACAGUCUGAGACAGCAGUGUGGAGACCAACGCUUCCCUGAAGCUUGCACCAAGGAGCUUGUGGGCCUGAUAGUCCUCACUAAGUACAAUAACAAAACCUACAGGGUUGAUGAUAUUGCUUGGGACCAAAACCCCAACAAUACAUUUAAGAGGGGAGAUGCAGAAAUUUCUUUCAAGAACUACUUCAAGACGCAAUAUGGCCUGGACAUAACAGAUGGGAACCAGGUUUUGCUGGUUAGUCAUGUGAAGCGACUUGGACCCUCAGGUGGACCUCCACCGGGACCUGCCUUGCUUGUUCCAGAAUUCUGCUACCUCACUGGUCUCACUGAUAAGAUGCGCUCUGAUUUCAACAUCAUGAAGGAUUUAGCCUCACACACAAGGCUGAGUCCUGAACAGAGAGAAACCAGAAUCAAUCGUCUCAUUUCCAACAUCAACAGAAAUGCAGAUGUGCAGAAUGAACUGAGCACUUGGGGUCUGAGCUUUGAGAACAAGCUCCUGAGUUUGAAUGGAAGAGUUCUGCCUUCUGAGAGGAUCAUACAGGGAGGAAGAGUGUUUGAGUACAGCCCAUGGACAGCUGACUGGACUAAAGAGAUGAGAGGUCUCCCUUUGAUAAGCUGCAUGCCUCUGGACAAUUGGAUGAUGUUCUUCACGCGCCGAAAUGCAGACGUUGCUAAUUCUCUGCUUCAAACUCUCAACAAAGUGGCAGGGCCCAUGGGAAUCCGCAUGCAGAGAGCCAUCAUGAUUGAGUAUGAAGACCGUCAGGAGUCUCUACUAAGAGCCCUUCAACAGAAUGUAACACGUGAUACACAGAUGGUGGUAGUAGUCCUGCCUACCAACCGAAAGGAUAAGUAUGACUGUGUGAAGAAGUAUCUGUGUGUGGAUUGCCCCACUCCCAGUCAGUGUGUUGUGUCUCGCACCAUCAGCAAACCACAAGCGCUUAUGACAGUGGCCACUAAGAUUGCCCUGCAGAUGAACUGCAAAAUGGGAGGAGAGCUGUGGAGUGUAGAAAUCCCACUCAGACAGCUAAUGAUUGUAGGCAUUGACUGCUACCACGAUACGGCUGCAGGGAAGAGAUCCAUUGGAGCACUGGUGGCUAGUCUGAACCAGGGCAUGUCCAGAUGGUUUUCAAGGUGUGUUUUGCAAAACCGUGGUCAAGAGAUUAUCGAUGCACUGAAAGCGCCAUUGCAAGCUGCAUUGAAGGCCUAUCUGAAGUACAACAACUCUCUGCCCUCACGCAUCAUUGUGUUUCGAGAUGGAGUUGGAGACGGCAUGCUGCAGAGUGUAGUGGAAUAUGAAGUCCCCCAGAUCAUGCAGUCCAUUAAGACCAUGGGGGUGGAUUACGAGCCCAAGCUGUCAGUAGUUGUGGUGAAGAAGCGCAUCAGUUCCAGAUUUUUUGCUCGCAUUGAUGGCAAAAUCGCCAACCCUCCUCCUGGAACAGUCAUUGACACCGAAGUCACUCGUCCAGAGUGGUACGAUUACUUCAUAGUAAGUCAGGCUGUGCGCUUUGGUUGUGUUGCACCUACUCACUACAAUGUGGUGUUUGACAACAGCGGCCUCAAACCAGAUCACAUGCAGAGACUCACCUACAAACUCUGUCACAUGUAUUACAACUGGCAGGGGAUUGUCCGAGUGCCUGCGCCCUGUCAGUAUGCCCAUAAACUGGCUUUCCUGGUUGGGCAGAGCAUUCACAAGGAGCCAAACAUGAACCUGGAUGACUUCUUGUACUACCUGUAACCUGCUUUAUUAAUAUACAGAGUCAUGAAGCAGAAAAGAGGCUUCGAUAUUUAUGUUAAAAUGGUUGAUUUGAUUCAGAGUAAAACUGGUUUAUAUGUUCACAAUGUUUAUGGUAAACUUUGUUCUUAAGGAAGGUUAAGUCAAGUUUUUGUGAAUGCAAUUGUAUAGGGCUCUUUUUGUUAAAUUUUUAGUGUCUUAUGUUAACGGUAUGAUUCCUUGUAUUUAAUGUUUAAAGAGAUUGGAUUUAUGUUUAAAGGCUUUGUAGCAAUCAGUUGCUUUAUUUUUUUAACUUGAUGUUUGUUAAAUUUGCAAGUAGUCUACAUGAACAUGUUGCUUGUAUGGUUUACAUGUUUAGCAGAAUUAAAUGCUAAUGAAAGUGCCAUUCCAGUCGCUUAAUGUGUUUAAUGAUUAAAGUAUUUAACAUGAUCUUUAACACCAUCAUCAGUGGCUAAAGCUGGAGAAGUCGUGAGUAGUAUUGCAUUUGAUUUGGGUACAACAUUUUGCCAGUGAUGCAUAAUAUUACUAAAGAAACGCACACAUAACUGUUGUACUUGGCUACAAAACGAAAAACAUGGUUGCUUGUAGAUGACUAUAGUAAAGUUACUACUGUAGUGCAGAGAACAAGAGAAAAUUUCUCUGUAAAUCUGGAAGAAACUGAGAAAAACAAAUUAUGGGUACAGAUAGGGAGUCC